GGACCAUGAUGUUUAUAGAUGACAGUCAUCAAGGAGGGAAAGAAGCAAAGUUAAAGGGGAAGACAGUAAUGGGACCUGCUUCUAUAUACUGUAUAAACCAUGGCUCUGUCAAAAAAGGCUGAAGGACGAGCCGGAGGUUGCAGAAAUGAAGAUGCUGACAUUUUGAAUCCUAUAUCCAUCCUGGCAGUGACCAAGAUAGACAAGAUUUAAAAUGUGCAGAUCAGAUCAGUUAAGGUGAACAUUUGGUUUUCAGGAAGGGUAAUAGUACGAGAAAGUGAAGAAAAAAAAAAGAGUCCAGUGUUCUGUGAACCGCAUUUUUGUAAUCACAAAUCUCUCGAUAGAAAUGCAAAUCAAUUACACACGUACGCAACUAUAACUCAGCACGCUUGUUUCUACAACUAUCGGAGAUUCUCUUCAAAAUGCUCAUGUAAAUGCAGACUCUUUUCUAAAACAUGGAAGCCAUAUUAAUUCCCACAGACAGGGGUGCAUGAAGGGAUGCUGUCUAUUCUUGACCUCAAACAAACGCGAAUCGAUGAGCAGCUUCACUCUCUCGCCAUUCUCUCUCAUUCUUUUUUGGAAUUUUGUCUCCUCUUCUUCGGACUCAAUAACAACUGCAGUUUUUUUUUUUUGUUUUGUAUUGACCAAUGGACCCGUGUACAGAUGAAAGCGGCAAAUAGCUAAGUUUACCUUCCAUCCAAUAAAAAUAUCUCCAUGCCAGAGAGAGAGAUCGUUGUUGCUAGGAGACUGAAGCAUCCCUUGAUGAAGGUGCUACAUCCCCCCCUCCCGCUCCUCUUAAGUCAUUCUCUUUCUUUGUAGCGCGCGCGGGCACACAGGCGAACGCAUACAAGCAAACAAAAUACACGUACACUAGAAGCAUAGAACUGGAUGGCGCGCAACCCCCCUCCGUGCCAUCUCUCUCUCUCUCUCGCUCUCUCUCUCUCUCUGUCUCUCUCUCUCUCUCUCUCUCUUAAUGCGACUCCUCUGAGGAGCCAGGAGUAGGCUAAGUAAAAGUUCUACCAGUUUUAGAUUUGGGUACAGGCACUGCAGGAUCCAGGUCGCGCAGGGCUGGAUUCCAAAUGGUGUUGCCUUCCAUGUGCAGUUCACUACAGCUCUCAAUGACUCUUUCAUUGCUCCAGCUCAAGCAUCCUUGGCCACUUGAUUUGACUCUACUGGACACUGCCUACCUAACGCAUAACUUCUCGCCCCUGAACUUCUCUUCAACUCCCCCUGAGUUACCCCUUUUGAAGUGUCUGUACACAUCAUAUGAACAAUCACCCGUCCUAAGUUCAACAUGGUGACUGAAGUUCCUGCUCUAAUCCUGAUAUUGAUGUCUCGGGAUAUCUUGCUGGCUGCUGGAGACUCACCUCAGUCUCGCUGGGAGGUCCGCAUUGAGGGGGACCUGGUCCUUGGUGGGUUGUUUCCCGUGCAUGAGAAAGGUUCUGGAGUGGAGGAGUGCGGUCGUGUAAACGAAGACAGAGGAAUACAGAGGCUGGAGGCUAUGUUAUUUGCCAUUGACAGGAUCAACAUGGACAACACUUUACUGCCUGGAAUCUCACUUGGGGUCCACAUUUUGGACACCUGCUCCAGAGACACAUACGCACUGGAGCAGGCUUUGGAGUUCGUAAGGGCCUCACUUGCGAAGGUGGACAACUCAGAGUUCAUCUGUCCAGAUGGAUCAUAUGCUUUGCAGGAAGAAAGCCCACUUGCAAUUGCUGGAGUCAUAGGAGGAUCCUUUAGCAGUGUCUCAAUACAGGUUGCCAAUCUCCUUCGGCUGUUCCAGAUCCCUCAGAUAAGCUACGCAUCUACAAGUGCCAAGCUAAGUGACAAAACACGCUAUGAUUACUUCGCCCGAACCGUGCCCCCAGAUUUCUAUCAGGCCAAAGCCAUGGCAGAGAUUCUUCGUUUCUUCAACUGGACAUACGUGUCCACUGUGGCAUCAGAAGGUGAUUAUGGUGAAACUGGCAUAGAAGCCUUUGAGCAAGAGGCUCGGAUGAGGAACAUUUGCAUUGCAACUUCAGAGAAGGUGGGACGAUCCAACGCUAAGAAGUCCUACGAAGCUGUGAUUCGUCAGCUACUACAGAAGCCAAAUGCCCGUGUAGCUGUCCUCUUCCUUCGUAGUGAUGACGCAAGAGAGCUGCUCUCAGCUGCUGCCCGCCUGAACACCUCUUUCAUUUGGGUGGCCAGUGAUGGCUGGGGCGCACAGGAAAGCAUUGUUAGGGGAAAUGAAGUCGCUGCUGAAGGGGCCAUUACACUUGAAUUGGCAGCAAAUCCCCUGCCUGAGUUCAACCGCUACUUCCUUAACUUGAACCCCAUCAAUAACGUUCGCAAUCCCUGGUACAGGGAAUUCUGGGAGCAGCGGUUCCAGUGCUCUUUGGGAGGAGGUGGAAGUACUGCACAAGGGGAGAGGCCUAUCCGCCCACCAUGCGACAAGAACUUGUCCAUGAACAAGAACAACUUUGAACCGGAGUCGAAAAUCAUGUUUGUGGUGAACGCAGUGUACGCUAUGGCCCGGGCUCUUCAUAACAUGCAACAGACCAUCUGCUCAAACACUAACAAGCUGUGUGACAGCAUGAAGACGUUGGAUGGACGCAGACUCUACAAGGACUACAUCCUCAACGUCACCUUCACAGCUCCUUUCUCUCCCCCUGGUAGUGAGACCAUAGUCAAGUUCGAUUCCCAGGGGGACGGCGUGGGUCGAUACAAUAUCUUCAGCUACCAGCGCUCUGGCGAUCGUUAUGGAUACGUGCCAGUGGGUGAAUGGGCCGAGACUCUAAGUUUAUACGGCGAUCUGAUUCACUGGCCUAGAGAAGUGGUGCCCACAUCGCAGUGCAGUGACCCCUGUGAGCGUAAUGAGAUGAAGAAAAUGCAGGCAGGUGAAUACUGCUGCUGGAUCUGUACAGCCUGUGAGCCUCAUGAAUACCUGCUUGAUGAGUUUACGUGCUUCCCAUGCGCUCCUGGCCAGUGGCCUACUGAUGACCUCACAUCCUGUUAUGACCUUCCUGAGGACUAUAUCAUGUGGGAAGAUGUCUGGGCUAUCGGUCCCAUUACAGUUGCCUGUGUAGGGUUCAUGUGCACCGGGCUGGUAUUUUGGGUGUUUAUCAGGCACAACGACACACCACUGGUGAAAGCUUCAGGCCAGGAGCUUUGUUACAUUCUUCUCCUGGGAGUCUUUAUGUCCUACGCUAUGACUUUCCUUCUCCUGGCAAAACCAUCUCCUGCCAUCUGUGCCCUGCGACGCCUUGGCUUGGGCACGUCGUUUGCCGUCUGCUACUCAGCACUUCUCACCAAAACCAACAGAAUUGCGCGGAUUUUUAAUGGCGUGAAAGAUGGGGUGGGCACAGUUAGGCCACGCUUCAUUAGCCCAUCAUCUCAGGUGUUCAUCUGUUUGAGUCUCAUUUCCGUGCAAUUGGUUAUGGUUUUGGUAUGGUUGCUGGUGGAGGUUCCCGGAACACGGCGUUUCACACUGCCGGAGAAGCAGAAGACUGUCAUCCUCAAGUGUAACGUCCGUGACUCCAGCAUGUUGUUGACACUCGCAUACAAUGUGCUGCUGGUCAUUCUGUGUACUGUGUAUGCCUUCAAGACUAGGAAGUGCCCAGAGAACUUCAACGAGGCUAAGUUCAUUGGAUUCACCAUGUACACGACCUGUAUAAUUUGGCUGGCCUUCCUCCCUAUCUUCUAUGUCACAUCAAGCGACUACAGGGUCCAGACAACCACUAUGUGCAUCUCAGUUAGCCUGAGUGGCUUUGUGGUCUUGGGCUGUAUGUUUGCACCUAAGGUUCAUAUCAUAAUGUUUCAACCCCAGAAGAAUGUGACCAGCCACAGACCGAACCUCAAUCGCUUCAGUCUUCUGUCAGUGCCCACUGCGUACCCACUGUGUGCAACGGGAGAGAAAUUGUGGACUCUACCACGUCCUCUCUGUGACCAGUCCCACAGUUCACGCUCUUAUUCCGUUUUUGUGACUGUUAAACGACUCAUUAACGCCAUCGUUCGUUCCGAACGCGUCCCUCCGCUCUAUACUGUACAUACACACUCGAUCUCUCUUGUGGACUAGAACUUAGACUCAGAAAUGCAGAAAGUGUGCUACUGUACUUAAAUUAUUUUUAGGCUUGUACAUAUAUGGGAUCUCCAUUGUUGUAAGUAGAAAAACAAAAGACAUUUUUAGACAUUUUCAGGGGUCUUUGUUUUCAAUAGCUUUGUUACGAUGUAAUGUAAAUAUAAAGGAUUUCCUGAUAAUGGGAGGGUGUAUGUCUGUGUGCGUCUCAGUCCAGAUAGAAACCUGGCUCUGCUUAACUCUCCUGCAAUACCUGAGAAUUUUUACUCUAAUAUUUUUUGUAGUUCUCACUGAUAUACCUUGUAAUUUCUGUAUGCCUUUCUAGGGUUUAUCUGUACUACCGUCUAUGAUGUUACCUGUGAUUUGCACAGCACAACAUUGGCAGCCAAGGUAUAAACUGCAGCAAAAAAUAAAAUAUGUGUGUGAGU